GCGUCCCUGUGCGGCCGCGCCAUGGCGCCGUGGGCUCGGGGCCUGCCGUGGAUCCUGGUGCUCCUGGCCUUGCGCGGAGCGGCCGCAGCUCCCCCCAGCUUCGUCCUGGUGCUGGCCGAUGACUUGGGCUUCGGAGACCUGGGGUGCUACGGGCACCCUUCUUCUGACACACCCAGCCUAGACCGGAUGGCUUCCCGAGGGCUGCGCUUCACCAACUUCUACAGCAGCUCCCCGGUGUGCAGCCCGUCUCGGGCAGCCCUGCUGACAGGCCGGUUCCAGAUGCGCUCUGGGGUUUACCCCGGUGUGUUCUACCCCGACUCACGGGGAGGGCUGCCACUCGCUGAGGUCACCAUCGCAGAGGUGCUGAAGGCUCAGGGCUAUGCCACAGCCAUGGUUGGCAAAUGGCACCUUGGCCUGGGCGUUAAUGGCUCCUUCCUGCCCAUCCACCAGGGCUUUGACCACUUCUUGGGAGUGCCCUAUUCCCAUGACCAGGGCCCCUGCCAGAACCUUACCUGCUUCCCGCCCGACGUCAAGUGCUAUGGGACUUGUGAUCAAGGCGUAGUGCCAGUCCCCCUGCUCUGGAACCAGAGCAUCGUGCAGCAGCCAGUCUCUUUCCCUCAGCUGGUGCCACUCUACAACAAGUUCUCCUGGGACUUCAUCGCUGACUGCGCCCGACGAGGCCUCCCCUUCCUGCUCUACUAUGCCUCCCACCACACCCACUACCCCCAGUUUGCCAGCCGGGAGUAUGCAGGGCGGUCACGCCGUGGGCCCUUUGGCGAUGCCCUCCUGGAAUUUGAUGCCUCGGUGGGACAGCUGCUGCAGGCACUGGAGGAGAACGGAGUUGCCAACACCACCUUUGUGUUCUUCACAUCUGACAACGGUCCCUCCACCAUGCGGAUGGCGCGCGGGGGCAGCGCUGGCCUUCUGAAGUGCGGGAAGGGCACCACCUACGAAGGCGGCAUGCGGGAGCCAGCAGUGGCCUACUGGCCUGGCCGCAUUGCUCCAGGAGUGACGCAUGAGCUGGCAAGCACUCUGGACAUCCUGCCAACACUGACUGCCCUGGCUGGAGCCACCCUUCCCAAGGUUGCCCUAGAUGGCUAUGACCUGAGCCCAGUGCUCUUUGGAACUGGGAUGGGCCCCCGGCAGACGAUGUUCUUCUACCCACCGUCCCCCACGCCCCUGCACGGCCCCUUUGCAGUCAGGCUGGGCAAGCACAAGGCUCACUACUUCACACAAGGUUCCUUUCACAGUGACACGACGCCAGACCAGGCUUGCCACGGGCUGACCCCCCUGACCCCUCACUUGCCCCCACUGCUCUUUGACCUGGAGUCAGACCCAGCUGAGAACUAUGACCUGCUGCAGAGCACUGCAGGGCCCGAGGUGCUGCAGGUCCUGAAGGAGAUCAAGCAGCAGAAAGUGCUCUUUGAGCAGCGCCUGGUGUUUGGGGAAAGCCAGAUGAAGAAGGGCAGGGACCCUGCCCUGCAGCCCUGCUGUGUGCCAGGCUGCACUCCUAAACCUGCCUGCUGCCGCUGCUCCUAGCCUCUUGUGCUGCAUCUCCUGCAGCUGCUGCGCACGGGAACCCUGUCCCAGAGCCACCACCACCCACCUUGUGCCCAACUAACCAACCUCCGCUUCAGAGCUGCCCUGCAGCUUGGGCUCAGUGCCACGUCUGACCAAGGGGGUGCUGGAGAGGUGAGCCACAGGCUGGAGAGGGCAUCAGCUGUGCCAGGAGUGCAGGUCAGUGGAGCUCUGCGCGGGACCUCUUGUCAGACACUUGUUCAGGGAGGGACCAUGGUGCAUCUCCACCAUCUUCAGUGCCAGAGCUGCUCUGCAGAUGGCACACACAUGACUGGCUCCUGCUUCUCUGCCAAGACUGCUCCCUGCCCCAGCAUGGCAGUAAGGCUCCACCACAGCUGUAUGAGGGCGACCAGAGGGACAAGGCUGGGACAGGACUGACAGGAGCCAUGGAGGAUAGAGCAGGAGCAUCCUUCUCUGGCUACACAGUGCCCAUCCUUGGGCACGCACCUCUGGUACCACGAUGGCCCUUCUCAGAGCUGCCCAGACAACCACAGGACAUUUGGACAGUGAGGCCACAGUCCUGCCAGAAGGUGCUGCGUGGCACCGGCAGCGUGGGCUGUGUGGCAUCUGUGCAUCGGAGAGCUUUGUGCAGGAAGAUUGGCACUGCUGGGCUGCUCUGGCUGGCACAGCCCUGCCUGCCUUGGCUGCAGCCAUGCUGGCCUCUCAGCACCCAAACACGUGUGCCCUGCUGCAGCA